AUCAAACACGGCCUUCAUUCAUUCUUCUGGUCCAUCAACUAACGUACACACAGGUCAGUCACGCCAUGCAUCACUCACCAGACAUUCGCAGCAGGCGCCUGUCUGUCUGUGUCUGUCUCCCCUCCUGCUGACCCUCAACCACACCACCACACGUGCAGCCCUCUACCGUGGACAAUCGACACACUUACGAUAAAGCCCCCGAUCACAUUAUGGUGCAUCUCCUCGUGUUGGCCGUCGCUCGCCCGUCGUCGCUGGCUGUCGCUUGCCUGUGCUCAUUCUCCCCGCGCCACACCUUGCGACACAGGUGAUCCCCGAGCACACUCGUCACGAUAGUGCGUGUCUUGUCGUGGGGGGCCGACUCGGUCGUUAAGAUAUCCACAUGAAUCACUGCCAUGUGGAUCAGCUGACUCACUGCCAUGUGCCCCUCGCCCAUCGCCUCACUGCCCAGCACCACCAGCCGCUCAUGCCGUCCCAGCUCCUUCUUCUUGUCGAAGACGGCCGCCCCCGCCCCCCACUGUGCCGCAUCGCUUGGAGAGGCCGCCAGCACCUCACACACACGCCGGGAUGCAGCAGAAGGAUGGCGCCAAGACCGCCAGGACCUGAUGCGGCAAAUGUAGUGGUCGCGCUUGAGCCAGCCGAAAAGGACGAACGAAUGCCACCAUGGAGGUGUAGGUGGGGUACGUCGAGGGCUCCAGCUGUGUGCGCGGGUCGGCGGGAUCGAAUCUGUCGUGAGGGAAAAAGAGGGGGCUCAGCUCGGUGAGGAGGGUGGGGGCGGAACGGCAAUUGGCCCGGGGGGGGCGAAGGAUGCCGUUGCCGUCCAUCAGCUGGCUAUGCUGGCCUCUGUGACUCACAGUGACCCCCCAGCUGAGUAUCUUCCACUGCCGGACAGCCUCCGUCUCGCCGAUGAAGGCCGCCCGGCUGUUAAAGACGCCGAAGCUCUCAUCACGCAGCACCACAAUCCUCCGUCUCAGCAAGUACAGCAUCUCCAACACUGGCCGCCAUCCGUCCCAGUUGCCGCCCCUCUCAAGGAUGAAGAGCCGACGUGUGGUGGCCACUAUGAUGGACACACUCUGGGUCAGCUGAGGCAUCGGCACCUCCACCAGGCCGCCAAAGAUGGCCUCCACCACGACGGGCAGCAGUCGGGUGAGAAUGGGCAGGAUGACGGCGGCGGUGAAUUGGGUGGGAUGGGCGUCGAUGAGGGCCUCCAGCUGUGAGUAGCUGCUGACGUACUCGGCAACUGUGGGCACUGCCUCCUCAGGCACAUCAGCGGCACUGAUAAGGGGAUCAUGCUGAUGCUGCUGACUGCCGCACGACACACGGCUGGCACCUGUAACACAAUCACACGCACACACACAGACCUAGUUGUGGCUGCACGAUUGUCCCUUCUGCAGCGAUGCCGCCCCCACCAUCAGCAGCUGCAACCGACGCAGCGGAUGACGAUACCCUAGACGUGGGAGGGCCGUCACGAGCAGCACUCGACAUCUGCAAGAAACCAGUGAGACCACUCGCUGUUUGAUUGUUCUCCCUCCCCGCCGCACUUACAGAUCUGUCACAAAACACACAGAGGAACCACACAGACUGCCACGGGAUCACGCAGAACCACAUAAAUCGAACAGGUGCAGCACAAACAUGACAGCUGGAGGGCUCGAACCCACGUGUCGUCGAAGCGCACCACAAACGAAACGUUGGCUGCAGGAUUCGAACCUGCGCGGGCAUAACCCACCAGAUUAGCAGUCUAGCGCCUUAACCACUCGG